UUAACAUAUCUGCCGAUCUGCGGAAUUAACAAAAUUCGUCUAAAUUAAGGAAUUUGACAAUAAUUUAAUAAAAAUUAGGUAAAUUAAGUUUUGCAAAAAUGAUCACACUUGUGCUACAUAAUCAUAUGACAGAUAUUAAGAAAUUACUUCAACAAAAAGUAGCGUUAAAAAAAAUUUUUUCUUUCGUAAAUUUCCUAUUAAACUCCCCAUCAACUCCUCCAUCAACUUUUCAAACAGUUUUUACAUCAAAAAAAAUUUAUUUAGAAAGCAAAAUUAUUCAAAAAAAAUCUUUUCAAUAAAUAAAUAACUCUAAAUAUUAAUAAUGAUGUUUUAGCGAAUUUAGAUUAUGUAUUGAUUAGUUGUUUAAUUAAAAUCUAUUUGAUAUUUAUUAUUAAUU